AUGUCAGGCGUCUGGGACUCGUUCCCUUCCUCCUCUGGUGCCGGGGGUCCGACAGAGCAGGUCCAGAGCCUGGUGGCGCCAGAGACGGGAGGAGGUGAGUCCAGCGCAGCCCUGUCUCGCCUACAGCGCCCCCUGUCGGCCCGGACGGCUCACCAUGCCCCGGCGCCUGUGAAGGGGUACCAUGUCAGCCGCAGCAUGUCCCAGCACUCCUCCGGGGGCGGCGGCGGUGGCGGAGGAGGGGGCGGGCCCUGCCACUGCAUGCCCGAGGACCUGGACCCCGCCCUGGCCCGGGAGUUCUACCAGGGCCACAACGACGCCGGGAGCCACUACUACCCUCCCUCCGAGGCCCUGGCCCUGGAGCGCCACCACUCCCACUCCCACACCCACUCCCACGCCCACGCCCACGGCCACUCGGGCGGGGGCACCUUCCCCCGCUCGCACCCCAGCCAGCAGCACCCGCCGCUGCAGUCGCUGGACUCCUGCGAGGAGUGCGUCGGGCCCCCGGGCCACCACCACGGCGCCAAGGGCCACCGCGUCCCGCCGGGCCUGGCCGACCAGCUGGAGAAGCAGGGGCCCUUCCACCCGGACGGCUUCCACACGCUGCAGUACCAGCGGGGGGCCGGCGGAGGCGGGGCCGGCGGGGAGCCCCGCAGCGAGAGCCCCUCCCGCAUCCGCCACCUGGUGCACUCGGUGCAGCGGCUCUUCGCCAAGUCCCACUCCCUGGAGGCGCCGUCCAAGCGGGAGCUCAACGGCACCCGCGACUACCGCGGCGAGCGCGGAGGGGGGGGCGGGGGCGGCCACCGGAGCGGCGGGGAGGACGGGGGAGGCCCGCCGGGACACCACUCGGGCCACCAGUCGCGCUCGGCCCGCCGGAGCAAGUCCCGCGAGCGCAGCAAGAGCGGCGACUCGCGCCACGAGUCGGGCCGGCGCCACCGCAGCCGCACGGCGGGCUGGUGGAGCUCCGACGACAACCUGGACAGCGACAGCAGCUACAUGGUGGGCGGGGGCGCCGGCGGCGGCGGCGGAGGCGGCCGGCGCGGCCCCCCCGUGGGCCACGAGAGCCUGGACGCCGCCAUCCAAGAUCUGACCAUGAGGAAGCCUAAGGAGAGGGGUGGAGGAGGGCAUGGGCACGGGCAUGGGGGCCCGGGCCCCGGGGAGUGCCUGGCCUGCAACGCCAUGGCGGGGAAUGAGACGGGCCAUCACGGGGGCCACCACCACCAUCACCACCAACAACAACAACAACAACAACCACAACAACAACAACAAGGCCACCACUCGCUGAAGAGGAGCACCUGGUCGGCCAUGACAGUGAGCCAGGCCAGGGAGGUCUACCCCUCCAGCCGGGGGCAAGGAGGAGGAGGAGGAGGAGGAGGAGGAGGAGGAGGAGGAGGAGGAUAUGACAAGGCCCUGGUUCCCUUGGAGAAACAGCUGAAAGAGAGGAGCUUCCACUACCUGCAGGUCCCGUCAGACGAGUGGGGCGGGCCCUAUCCGGGCGGCGUGGCGGACGGUAGCGGCGGUGAGAUCCCGUGCCGGCGCAUGCGCAGCGGCAGCUACAUCAAGGCCAUGGGCGACGACGACAGCGCUGACUCGGACGCCCCCAGCCCCAAGACGUCCCCCAAGAGCAGCCUGAUCGCCCAGCGGGACGCCUUCCGCCGCUCCAUCAGCAUGGACCAGAGGUACUCAUGCAAGCAGUGUACGGACACCUACACCAAUAGCUGGACCACGCCCAAGAACCACGCCCGAUCCCGCAGCUACACGCGAUCCCUGACCAGCGCACAGCUGGGGGACAGCCUGAACCGGCAGUUUGAGACGGUGUGUGAGACCAUGUUUGGCGAGGUGGAGUCCCAGGCCAUGGAGGCCCUGGACCUGCCGGGGGUCUUCCGCACGCGUAGCCACAGCUACGUGCGCGCCAUACAGGCAGGCUGCUCCCAGGACGACGACUGCCUGUCCGUCUUCUCCGUGUCGGGCCCCCAGGGGAGCAUGAAGGCCGGGGCCGUCUUCCCUUACCGCAAAGGGGCCCCUCCCCCGCUGCCGCCCCGCAUGUCCAAGUCUUCCCUGUCGGUGCGCGCCCAGAGCAGCACCGAGUCCACCCAGGACGCCUACUUCCUCAACCAGCAGGGGCCCCCCUCCCACGGCCCCGGCCCCGGCCCGGGCCCCGGGCGCCUCCGGCAGCACAGCAACUCGGUGGACCUGGGGGGCUCCGAGGGCCCCCACGGCCGCUCCUCCUCCUCCCGGGCGGGGUACUACACGGGCACGGGCCCCGCCGUGAGGCCCCGGCAGCACAGCAACUCAGCCGAGAGCCUGGACGGCGGCGGGGGGGUUAAAGGCGGGUCCCGGGAGCUGGUGCCCUACGGGGCGAGGAUGGGGACGGGAGGAGGAGGAGGAGGGGGGAUGAUGAUGAUGGGCUCCGGGCUGAGGGCCAAGCACAGCAGCUCGGCGGACAGCCUGCUGGAGGGGCCUCCCAGGCCGGCCCGCGAGAGGGACGGCCGGGCGGGGGGCAGCCUGGGGAAGUCGGCCUCCCUGCCCCAGAACAGCAUGGUGCUGAGCAAGACCCCCGGAGGGCAGGAGGACGGGCGCGGGGGGAGGAAGUGGCGGCCGUCUAUAGCGGUGCAGGUGGACAGCUCGGAGACCCUGUCCGACUCGGACCUGGAGGGCAAGGCCCUGAGGGAGGUGCACUCCAUCGGGGUCCAGGUGGAAGACGACAAGAGGCGGGCACGCUUCAAGCGCUCCAACAGCGUGACGGCCAGCGUGCAGGCGGACCUGGACCCCGAGGGCUUCCCCCCGGGGCUGGGCCUGGCCGCGCCCAUGCAGGACAAGGGCCUGCAGUUCGGCUGCUCCUUCCAGAGGCACUCCUCCGAGCCCGAGUCGGCCAGCCAGUACGCCGAGUUCCACCGCACCGUCCACACGCAGGGCCAGUGGGCCUACAGAGAGGACUACAUCCAGGGCGGCUACGCCCCGGAGAGCUGUCAGACCGACGCGCGACCCCACCCCAUCCUGCCCUCCCGGGCCCACUCCCCGCUGCCCCUCACCUCGGAGAGGGCCUGGGCGGGCACGCCGUCGCUGGAGGGCCCCCGCAGCCUCCCGGACUCUGGGCGCGCCUCCCCUUGCAUGAGGGACGGGGAGUUCUUCCUGCGGCUGCUGCAGACGGAGGUGGAGAGGAUAGAGGGAUGGUGCCAGGGCAUGGAGAGGGAGGCGGAGGAGAACGAGCUGCCGGAGGAGGCUCUGGAGCUGAUUCGUAAUGCCAUCGGCAGCGCUCAGAUGCUCAUGUCUCAAAAGGUGCAGCAGUUCUUCCGGCUCUGCCAGCAAAGUGUGGACCCCUCGGCGUACCCCCAGCCCACCUCUCAGGACCUGGCGAGCUUCUGGGACCUGCUCCAGCUCAACAUUGAGGACGUGAGGGUCAAGUUCCAGGACCUCCAGAGGAUCAAGGACUCCGGCUGGCUCCCGGCCGAGAAGAAGGAGGACAAGAAGCUUCCUCCCCCCUUACCAAAGAAGCCAGCCGGGGGGGUGAGCGGCAGCCUACGGGCGGACAGUGUCGGAGACGGAGGAGGGGGAGUGGGGGGCGGCGGCGGCGGCGGCGGGGGCGGGGGCUUGGGCGGGACCCUGGCGGUGCCCCGCUUGGGCGGGCGCACGCUGCCCGUCAGGGAGAAGUCCCUGGACCUGGGGGACCGCCAGAGGACUGAGGCCAGGAGGAGGCUGCUGCAGACCAAGAGGACUGCCUCCUUCCGACAGAACUCGGCCACGGAGAGCGCCGACAGCAUCGAGAUCUACAUCCCCGAGGCCCAGACCCGCCUCUGA